GUGCGCGUGUGUGCGCGCGCGCCCCCCUCUCCCCGCACGCUCUGAUUCAAAGUUUAGAUCCAAGAUGGCGGCGGAUCCCGUGCAGGGUGACCUGAGGGAUCACAUGGUUUCGGAGCUCCGCCUGGGCCACAGCCUGGACCUGUCAGACACCAUGGUCCAGCAGAAGCUGGACGAGAUCCGAGAGCAAAUAAAACGGGAGAUCCGGAAGGAGCUGAAGAUAAAGGAGGGGGCGGAGAACCUGCGGAAAGUCACCACGGAUAAAAAGAGACUGGCGUACGUAGACAACAUGCUGAAGAAGUCCAACAAGAAGGUGGAGGAGCUCCAUCAGGAGCUUCAGGAGCUAAAUGCCCACAUUGUCGUCAAAGAUCCAGAGGAGCUUCUUUUAGAAUGCCCUCUGACGCCAGACACCCCCAGCAGUGAGGGUCGACUGGCAGCGCUGAAGAAACAGAUCGACAUCGAGCUGAAAGUCAAACAGGGAGCGGAGAACAUGAUCCAGAUGUACUCCAACGGCUCCUCAAAGGACCGUAAGCUGUUGGCGACGGCGCAGCAGAUGCUGCAGGACAGCAGGAUGAAGAUCGAGUUCAUCAGGAUGCAGAUUCUGAAAGCCAGUCAGAGCCACGAGCUGAGCUUCGACAACAACGACGUCAUCGCUAAACCCAUCAUUAGCCCUCUGGACCUGCGGGUGGAGGAGUUGUGCCAUCACGCUCGGAUUGAACAUGCCGUGGCUGAGGGUGCCAAGAACGUCAUGAAGAUACUGGGCUCAGGAAAACUGACUGAGAAAAAAACUCACUCUGAGGCCCAGGCCCGGUUUAAUGAGUCCAGUCAGAAGUUGGACCUGCUGAAGUAUUCUCUUGAACAACGGCUCAGUGAGCUCCCGAAACACCAUCCGAAGAGCAGCAUCAUCAUGGAGGAGUUAUCACUAAUGUCUUCUCCUGCUCUCAGUCCCCGAAACAGCCUUAUAUCCACCCAGAACCCGUACAGUACCAUAGCCAAACCUGCAGCACUCACAGGGACGUUAGACGUGCGGCUGAUGGGCUGUCAGGACCUGCUGGAGGACGUCCCGGGUCGUUCAAAAGCCACGACGCUGACCCUGCCGGGGUGGAGCCCCAGCGACACUCGCUCGUCCUUUAUGAGCCGGGGGAGCCGCAGCCGAACGGCCAGCAUCCGGAACCUCUCCAAAACAGACGACCUGUCCAAUGAGAUCAGUGCUGUGUUAAAGCUGGAUAACACGGUUGUUGGACAGACCAGCUGGAAGCCCGUCAGUAAUCAGUCGUGGGAUCAGAAGUUUACGUUAGAGCUCGACCGGUCUCGAGAGCUGGAGAUCUCUGUGUACUGGCGGGACUGGCGUUCUCUCUGUGCGCUGAAGUUCCUGAGGCUGGAGGAUUUUCUGGAUAAUCAGCGUCACGGGAUGUGUCUUUACCUGGAGCCGCAGGGCACGCUGUUCGCCGAGGUUACGUUUUUUAAUCCUGUCAUUGAGAGAAGAACCAAACUCCAAAGACAAAAGAAGAUCUUUUCAAAGCAGCAGGGCAGGACGUUUCUCAGAGCUCCUCAGAUGAACAUUAACAUUGCUACCUGGGGUCGGCUGGUGCGCAGGGCGAUUCCCUCUGUCAGUAACUCCAACCUCACCCCACAGCAGGGGGCGGAGCUAACAACAGAAUCAGGGCGGAGUCCACACCCGAACACACACACUCUCAGCAGUGACCCAACGGUAACUAAGCUGAACUUUGAUAAAGACAGAACGCCCGGGUCUAAACAUUACUCCCUGGUCAGUAUCAGAGAAAAGCUGCCGGAGGAGAAGAUCCCCAGUACAGAACAGGUCCAGGACGCUCUGAGCUCCUUCGACUUCCUGAAUGACAGAAUCAGCCUGAGUGUGAAACCUGAGCUGAAAGACGUCACGCAGCACCAGAUCCAGCCGCCGGGAUUAGAGCUCAUCGCCGUGCCCAAGAACACAGAUAUAAGGGAAGAGAAUGAUGAUGGUGAAGAUGAGGAGGAGCAGUUUCACUUCAGCCUCAGAGAUUUUAAAUGUGUUGCAGUUUUGGGUCGAGGUCAUUUUGGGAAGGUGUUACUGGCUGAAUACAGCAGUACAGGGGAAAUGUUUGCCAUUAAGGCUCUGAAGAAGGGAGAUAUUGUGUCUCGGGAUGAAGUAGACAGUCUGAUGUGUGAGAAGAGGAUUUUUGAGACGGUGAACAGCGUCCGGCACCCGUUCCUGGUGAACCUAUUCGCCUGCUUCCAAACCAAAGAGCAUGUGUGUUUUGUGAUGGAGUACGCAGCAGGGGGCGACCUGAUGAUGCACAUACACACCGACGUGUUCUCAGAACCUCGAGCCACGUUUUACGCAGCUUGUGUCGUCUUGGGAUUACAGUUUCUACAUGAACAUAAGAUUGUGUACAGAGAUCUGAAGCUGGAUAACUUGCUGCUGGACACAGAGGGAUACGUUAAAAUCGCUGAUUUCGGACUGUGUAAAGAAGGAAUGGGAUUCAGGGACAGGACGAGUACGUUCUGCGGCACUCCGGAGUUCUUGGCUCCUGAGGUGCUGACGGAGACGUCGUACACACGGGCGGUGGACUGGUGGGGGCUGGGGGUCCUUAUAUUCGAGAUGCUGGUGGGAGAGUCUCCGUUUCCUGGUGAUGAUGAAGAGGAGGUGUUUGACAGCAUCGUGAAUGACGAGGUCCGCUACCCGAGGUUCCUCUCCACAGAGGCCAUCUCCGUAAUGAGGAGGCUCCUGAGGAGGAACCCUGAGAGGCGUUUGGGAGGAGGAGAGCGAGAUGCUGAGGAGGUGAAGAAGCAUCUGUUCUUCCGGAAUAUGGACUGGACUGGGUUACUGGGUAAGAAGGUGAAGCCUCCGUUCGUGCCGGUGAUCCAGAGCCCUAGUGAUGUCAGUAACUUUGAUGAAGAGUUCACGUCUGAAGCUCCGGUGCUGACUCCGCCCAGAGACCAGCGUCCGCUGAGCCGAGAGGAGCAGGAGAUGUUCACGGACUUCGACUACAUCGCAGACUGGUGUUAGCUCCCCCCCCCGUUAAACUGUGAACACGCCCUCCUGCCACUCAGUGCCAGCUAAGGGACAAGCCUACCGCCCACAGGGCUGAAACCAGGUUACCAUGACUGUGUUUUAUAUUCAGAAUAGAGGGAAGGAGUGUUACCCAGCAGCAGCAGGGCAGGGUCAGAACCCCUGCAGUUUUAUAAACGAAAACAGGAAAAAACAAUAAUCUGUUACAAUCAGUUUUAGGGAUGCACCAAAUUAAAACCAAAACUGAACUAAAAUAUAUAAUGUGGCUUAAUACAAAACACCAAAUUAAUUUAUUAAAGGUUUUCAAUCAUUUUGCCACUUUUUUUACAAUUAAAUAAAAAAUAAGGCAUUGUUUCUUAUUUUUGUUACAUAUUCUGCCAAACUCUUAAAAGGUUUUUUUAAUUUUUUUUUUUUUUUUUCAUUUUGAAAAUUAAAAAUUACAUUAUUUGAUAAAAUCUAAACAAAUUCCAAACAAAAUGAAAUACUUAACUUUUUGCACCAUUGGAAAAAUACAUAAAAAUAAAUUUCAAAGAAAAACACUUACAAACCUACAUAUUCAAAGUAUUUACUUAACACUAAACUUUUGAUUGCAUAAUCAAACUUUUUUAACUGAACACCUAAAGUGCUUUUUGUCAUUUUCUAGUACAUUUUGCACUAAAUGAUUUUUUUUGUUAAAAUCUAAAACCAAACAAAAUUACAUACUGCCACUUUUUACCACUGCAAAAAAAUGUAGAUAUAUAUUUGUUGCUUUUAAUAGAAACACAUUUCUAUGUUUAUACAUUUAUUUUGUCACUUUUUUUAAUAUUUCAUAAAUUUAUUAGCCUAAAUGUAAUUUUUCUUGCUUUCCAAAGAAAAUUAACUUACAAACCUACAUAUUAAAAGUGUUUAUUGAACACUACACUUAUUUUUAUCAUCCUGUCUGACGGCAAAUUGAUUGCAUCAUCAAAAGCAUCAUUUUUCUGUAUUAAUUAUUAAGUCUUUUCACGUAUCUUACUGAACACUUAAAUUGCUUUUUGUCAUUUUCAACCGAAUAAUUGAAGUACAUUUUGCAACAAAAUGAUUUUUUUUGGGUGAAAUCUAAAACUGAACAAAAUGAAAUAUUGCUAUUUUUUAUCACUGCAUCAAAUGAAUAGCGUGAAUGUAUUUUCUCUUUCUUUUAAUAGAAAAGACGAUUACAAAACAUGAUUGAACAUUAAACUUGUUUUAACAUCCAACCUAACUGCGCUUUGAUCACGUAAUCAAAGCAUAAUUAUUUUGUAUUAAUUAAUCAUGUCUUUUACUUCGACCAUACAAAAAAGUGUUUGUUUUUUUUUGUUUUGUUUUUUUGUUUGCUAUUUUUCGGUUGCUAAAUAUUUGGUGCAUCCCUAGUAAAUUAACAUCAUGCCUCUCAAAAUUGUAUUUUAACUUCAUCAGUCCACAGGACCCGUUUUAAAAAUGCAUCAGGCUUAUUUAGAUUCUUUGAUAACACUAGAGCUUGUGGUGAGAACGCAGUAAAGCUGAUAUUAGUGCAGGUAACAAUGCUGCACAGUAGAACAGUGCACCACCUCUCUGGAGUCUGAUUAAUCCUCCUGAAGAUCUUUUCUGAUCAGCUUUUCUAGCAAUAAAGUAAAGGUCAAGUUCUUUUUUAUACUACAGACAUCAACACUGACACUCAAAGGCCAAAUACUGAACACAGAUUUUCACAGGUCAUUUUCAUUGCAGCGGAAUAGUUUCGGUUGCCAGAUAUUCUGUGUAUUCCUACUCAAAAUAUUGCCUUAGUGAACAGAACCAUCUCACUGUGCUGUUCUUCUGCGUUGAUACUGAAGGGAUUCUACUUCUACUAGUUUAGAUUAAUUUCUCUUUUUCUCUGAUUGUGUUUUUUUUUUUAAUUCAGACGUCUGGAAUUUCUCUCCCCGAACUCUGAAACUGUGUAACACUAAUAGUGAUUUGGGUCACUUUUACCUGAAUGUAGCCUAUAUUUUACUUCAUAUGUGACACAGAUGGGUUGUUUAAUUGGCAGUGGCAGCGUUGGGUCCCAAAUAUGGCACAAUGGAAAACAUCACAGCUUAAAAAACUGUAGAAUAUUUUCUUUUUAAUGGAAAAUCUCCAAGACUAGUCUUAAUGUCUUCCCUGUCUGGGGGGGGGGAAGUGGGAAUCUGUCUCUUUGUGCUUCUGGUCAUGAUUAAAAACAGAAGCAGAGAAGCUACUCGGAUUCAGAAACUAUAAUGAAUUUUUAUAAAUGUAUUUUUAUAAUGUAGCAGCAGCAUGUUACACAGCACUCUGUACUGUCCCUUAUCAUGUAAAGAAAUUUUCAGUGUAAAAAGUACUUUUCUGUGUGUCUGAGAGGGAAAACAGCUGUGACCACAUGUUACCUGAUGUUACCCCAGAUCAGCUGAAGCUGUAGGUGAAUUGUAGUGUUUUGUUACUGAUGAUACAGACGUUUGGAGAUGUUUGGAGACGUUUGGAGAUGUUUGGAGACGUUUGGAGAUGUUUGGAGACAUUUGGAGAUGUUUGAAGGCCUGAAGAUUCUCUAAACUCAGAACCCAGCGUAUGAUCUUGCAUUAUUAUGGUCUCUUUUGCAGAGAGAGGAAGCAGAACAUACAGUUUGAUCACCCAGAAAGAAAGCAAGCAUGAGCUGCACUGAUCAGCCAUAACAUUAGCACCACCUGACAAAUACUGACGAUGUUCUGUGGUAACGGGAACACAGAGAUUAUCAUUACAGCAGAUCCUUAAAGUUUGGUAAGUUGUGAGGUGGGCGGAGCCUAUAUGAGUAUCAAUGAUCAAUGAGUCAGUCUUACCACCUAAUAGUGUGUAGGAUUGACUCUUACCAUCUAAGUUUAUCUGCUUCUAGUGUUAGUCUUGGUGCCGUGACCCGACAGGAGCUUCAAAGAGUUACUAGGUGGUUGCUAAGUGGUAGCUAUGGUAUCUUUAAAAUCUUUAAAUUAUCUUUAAAUUUGUGAGGUGGGCGGAGCCUUCAUGUGCAUCCAAUGAGAGGGUCACGGAUGAUGAUCAAGGCUGUUUCAGUGGUUGUCAUUGUUUGGACACUCGUGUUUUUAAUUCAGCUGUCAGUGGUGCUAAUGUUUUGGCUGUUCAGUGUCUGUAUCAUAACAUAAAUGUCCUAAUCCUUCAUUUUUCCUUCAUGGAGUCUAAAGCCCUAUCCGGAUGGGAUAAUUUCUCAGGGGGUCCUGGGGUAAUUUUCUCUUCCAUCCGGAACGACCAUCUCUGUUUUUCUCAGACGUCCUCUGAGAAAAUUACAGGCUGAAUUAUCUAGUGUUUUUCGCUGAACUCCUUGGUCCUCCGAUAAUUUUAGUCCAGUCCGGAUCCACAUCUCAGAGUUUCGUCACCUCGCGUUUAAUAAAAUAGCUAUUUGUCCACUGCCGCACACCGUAAUUACACUUUGGGUGCACGUUUCAACGGAGAUCCAUGUAAAACACAACAGCGAGUGGAAUUGGAGGAGCUACUGAACGCGAUGUCACGUGACCUAGAAAGCCUAAAAACUAGUAGAACUGUAUGAGUAGAAUUUUUUUAAAUACAUCCCCAUAGAAACUAAUCCCAUCCAGAUAGAGCUUAAAAGAGCACAACUGUCAAUGCUCUCUCUGAAUGGGUACAGUACAGUAGGUGGCGCUCUCCCCUCAUCACUCCCAUUGUGAUGCUGGUCAGCACAGGUAUCUAUUAGCUGAUGUAUCAGAGCUUUCCUCAAACAGCGCUUUUCCACUGAUGUGAAAUCUGACACCAAUUAGGUUUGCAAACCUAAUUUUGAACCGUUUGCAGCGUUUACACCAAUAAAAGUAGAUUUCAGAACCAGGAGCGUUUAUUUGCAGUGGGAACCAAAGAUUACUAGGUUCUUCAGUGUGAAACAUGACGCUUCUGUUUACCACCACUGUGCAGCGCCCUCUGCUGUGUUUUUUUUUUUUUGAUGGUGCAAAUGUAGCUGUGAGACAAUUCAUCUGUUCCUGUAAAAACUAGGACACAAAUAUUUAGUGCACUUAACGCCAAAUCCACACUAUUAGAGGAUUAGUAUAUAGUCUAUUUAUAGUCUUAUAGUAUUAAGUGUAUUGUGUGGUACACAAUUGGGACACAGCCUUUGUUUGUUCUUCUUUCUUAAAGGAGAACUCUGGUGUAAAAUUGACUUUUGGUUUAGUAAAACAUGAUAAAAAGUACUAAACUUUGUUGAAUAGCUCACCUCUGCUCUCCGGCAGCUUUCUGAGAUCCAGUAAUAUUUGUUGUUUCCCAAAACAUGCUUUAGAAUGAAUAUGGGGCAUAUUUUGCACUGUUUGUUACACUGUUAUCCCGGCUCAAAGUAGCUCCACACCUCAUUGGUAGAACCCCGAGAGCCCUGACAUUUAAUGGUGGGGCCUGGAGAUUAGGUUAUGCUUCAGGUUGUAAACAGUGGUUUUUAAUAAGCUUCUUGUGCACUUGGGCUCUCGGGAUUCAACCAAUGAGGUGUGGAGCUACUUUGAGCCUGGAUAACAGGGUUAAAAACCCAUUUAUGUGCAGGAGCAAAUUAUGCCCUAUAUCACCCAUUCUAAAGCAUGUUCUUAGAAACUGCAAAAAAUGACUGGAUCUCGAAAACUGCGGGAGAACAGAGCUGGGCUUGUCAUCAAAGGUAAGUACACUUUAUCAUGUUUUACUACACCAAAAGUCAAUUUUACACCGGAGUUCUCCUUUAAACUGAGAUCUCUUUAUGAGGAACUGUUGCCGUUUACAGGACUAACAUGCUCAUGCAAGCUUUUCAUCUCCAGUUGGACGGAAUCAUUUUCUGUAACAGAGCGGAUGUGUGUGGACUCUGUCCAGUCUGAAUCUGGUCUUGAAUCCCAAAGGGAACGAGAUGUGGGGUCAGUUUAGGGUUUAGUAUGUAGGCCACCCUGUGUAAAUACAGUGGAAGCUGGAAGCACUUGUCGUUUUUUAAUGUUUUGUCUUUUCUAAAUUAUGUGUUUUUAUCUGAAUUGUGAGAAACGGGACUGUACAAAGGGUUAAUACUCCUUUCUGAUGUGGUCCAGCUUGUUGCUGAAGGAGCCUGUAGCUUUUUGUUGGUACUCAGCCUUGAAGUUAAACACUAUCAUGUUGUAAAUAAGAAAAAAAAAAAUAAACUUUGCUAUGAUUGAUGUCUAUCAUGAAUGCAAAGUAAAAUGUUUGUUAUAUAAAA